AUGGUACCCACUAUCCCUACAGUGAAAUUUAACGAUGGAGCCUCAAUCCCAACUAUGGGAUUCGGGACAGGAACUGCAUGGCUGAAGCGUGAUCCUAGUGCCCCGUUGGACCGAGAUCUGGUAAAUAUGAUCAAAUCUGCCAUCCAGCAGGGAUAUCGACACCUCGAUUGCGCUGAAGGUUACAAUACCGAGGAAGAGCUCGGUGUCGCCAUUAAACAAUCUGGCAUUCCGCGAGAGGAGCUGUUCGUAACUACCAAGGUUAUCCAGAGCAUUGACAAUGUAUCUCGAGCUAUUGAUACAAGCUUAAAGAAGCUUCAGCUUGGAUAUGUUGACCUAUUCCUCAUCCACAGCCCCUAUUUCGCAAAAUCCGACACUGAACUACAGACCACCUGGAAAGGAAUGGAAGAUAUUAAACAAUCAGGCAAAGCCAAAUCAAUCGGUGUCUCAAACUUCACCCGUCCCCACCUCGAAGCUAUCCUCAAAACAGCAACUAUAAAACCCGCUGCGAACCAAAUGGAGUAUCACGCCUACUUCCAACGAGCGAACAACUUUGUUUCAUGGAUGCAAGAGCAGGAUAUUACAGUCAUGGCUUACUUUGGUCUUAUGCCUCUUAAGCAUGCUAAGAGUGGACCACUUACCGAGCCAUUGGAUACUAUAUCGAAGAACCAUGGUGUGGAUUCGAGUGCUGUCUUGAUGCGGUGGCUUUUGAAUCGUGGUAUCGUUUCUAUCUCUACUUCGAAGAAGACCGAGCGUGUUCAGCAGUAUUUUCAGGCUUUGGGGUUGGAACUUAAUUCUGAGGAGAUGGGGGUUAUUACGGAGGUUGGAAAGUCGUAUCAUUUUCGGGUGAGGUUGCCGAAGCCUUAUGCGCCGGAUUGGGCGGAGUAUCCGGAUGAGGAUAAGUGGUGUGAGGAGAUGUACUAUUGA